AUGCAUUUAUUACUUUAUGCUCUCUUUUUAGUAUUCGUAGCCAUCACUUCUGCAUUUCCUAAUGGGGCUGGUACUUGUCUUUCAAAUCAAACGAUUAUCGAAGGUGUGCCAUAUUCACCUAUGGGUAAACUUGAUGACUGUUUAGGCUACGGUCUUAAAGUUCGAAUGAAGAACAAUCAAUAUAUUCCAAAAG